ACCAGUGACAUAUUUUGGUUCCAUGUGUGAACAACGAAAUGAUAGCCGCUUCAAAUUGUAGUUCGCAAGUUUAAGAUAUUUGCCUUCCCUUUUUGGGAAUUUAAAGGAUUUUCGAAGAAGCAUGGUCCUCAACAGUUCCCAGAGUAUUGAAAUGUAGCGCUAAACAAACAUGGAGGCAUUCACGGCGUGUUUGGAAGAGAUUGCUUUGGAGGGACUAGAUGGGUGUCCAAUUGUUCAUUUAUGGGACCUUCUAAAGCAAAGAACACCAACUUUUCCAUUAGCCUUAGAUGACUUGUCAAAGGAGUUCUUAUGGAGAGGGAUUGUAGAGUCCCUAGAUGUUGAGUUCUUUGUGCUUGAACAUCCUCUACCCCAUAUCUUUGGCGGCAAAGAGGAAGACAAAUCAAGUGCAACCCCUUUUCCACACCUAAUUGAAGAAAUCAAUGCACUAGGUAUUGAUGUGGAUGUAAAAUGCAACACCUACUGCUUGGUGAACGAUGAAGAAUAUGGGAUUUGUGGCUCUUGUCCUGAAUACAAGACGCGGCAGAAUGUUACAGAUGAUGUUAGGGACAGUAACUCCAAGAAGUGUGUUAUCCCACUCAAGCAAGCAUAUGACAGGUGGGGUGAUCGACUUGUCAUUGUGGCAUCACAGAAAGAAAGGUCCAAGUUUCUGUUUGAUAGCAAGUUGGACAGCAAUGUGUUUUUAUCAGAGGUUGCAUACUGUAUUGUUGAGCACAUUGGUCAGGCCAGACAUCGAGGGCGCUUGCAGAGUCUCAUCUCCCAUGUGGACCCAAGGACAUGCUUUUAUCACUUGAAGAAGCUGGUUGUCAGUGGUGUCAUUACCAAACAGUAUUUACUGGUUACAUCACAUGUGGGCCAGGUGUCUUUUACUAAUGUACUGAGACUAAAGAGGUUUGAUGUGCCACGCCUUAGCAAGUUAAUGCACAUGGGAGAGAAGAUUACGGAUAUACUAUCAAAACAACCUGGGAAAAAGAUGGAUUUGGUAAAUCUCAGGGAUUUGUUCAAAGUAAAUGAAACAAGUGCUAGAUCAUUCAAAAGAACCAAGCGACUUUUGGAAAAAGGAGGUUAUAUCAAGAUGCUUCAAGAGAAAAGACCCGCAAUUGUGAAGAAAAAGGGCAGGGCUUCCAAGAAUGUGCCUGAUCCAGACAUUAACUCCUCACCUUCUAAAUUAAAAGAUUGUCUCUGUGUCCAACUCAUCAAGCCGUUCAAUGUGUCCGAUUCUGAUGAUGAAGAUGAGGAAUAUAAAAACAAGGGAGCUCCUUGCUAUGUCUAUGAGAAGUCACUGAUGAACCAGGUAUAUGACUGUGUGGAAAAGUAUGGCCCUGACGGAGCUACCUUGAAGAUGGUUGAGAAUGACCUUGCCAUGACGAAUGCAGAAUCCAACAAAAUGCUGCAGAUUUUAGAAAAAGAUGGCCAUUUGAAAGGCAUAACUGUCUAUGCUGAGAAACGGAAUGUCAAACGGUUUGUUGCAAAGCCUUACGUACAGAAAAGCAUUCUUAGUACAAGAAUCCGCAAAGAGGAGGAAAAAUUCAAGGCUAUCAAAGAAAGCUUAUCAUCCCCACAAGCUUCAUCUGAGGUGGAAUCUGGAGGCGUGGCACAAAUUUCUGGCUCACGUUGCCUAUCCCCUACUCCAUCGACACAGUCCAUAGAUACCAAUGCUUCAGAUGACUUGUCAGAAAAGAGAGGAAAGACCUACCGUAGUUUGAAAAGGAAGAACACAGUUUUAGAGUUCCUUAAGAAGCACAAAGUCUGUGAGGGUGUAUUUCCUAUUUUAAAGGUUGUAUGUGAUAUUGAAGCUGCUGAAGGAUUCAAGACUAAGCCUGAUCACAAAGUGAUUAAGAGGGUUAUUAAUGAGUUAGAGCGAGAUGGUCUUUUAAGGUCGUUCAAGACAAUCCUAAAUACUGAGGUCAUCAGCAAACCGGUGGAGUUCUAUAUUGACUCCUCAAUCAAUGACCAAGAUCCCAAAGUGAAGAAGGCCAUCAGUGACGCACAGCUUAAGCUGGAAUCAGCAAAUCAAGAUUUGCAAUCCCAGUUCCAGCCAAAAGAUGCCAAGAUAAAAGCUGUAAAGGAAACUAUUCCAAAGUCGAGGGUUAAUAAGUCACUGCGUUGUAAGUUUGGCUAUCUUGCAAAGUUCCCUCGAAUGCGUGUGCUGCAUCAAUACUUUUGGCAGAUUACGCAUGGAGCACAUGGUAAUUUGAGGAAAUCUGGGGCAUCUUCAUCUGCUGCUUCCCCCCUAGAACCUUCAUGGAACGGGGGAAAUGCAGAUGGUGCUGAUGCCAGUUAUGAUUGUGGCUGGGAGGAUACAGUGGAAAGCACACCUCUGUUGGAGUAUGGGCCAGGAUGGCUCAAGCUUGAUGAUGCCCUCCAGGUCAUGCCUCUGUCUAUCUACUGCAAUGCUUUGGGUAUUACCACGGAGAUCCCCGGUCUAGAAGAGAUGUAUAAUGAUCCUAAAGCACGACAUACUCUUCUUAAAGACCUUCCAAGGCGGAUGAUAGUAUCUCUUACCCGAGAAAACAACUGCAAGGAAGCGUUUUGUAUGACCAUCGCUACUCUUCUGGCCAUGGGACUUCUCACAGCCAGACGGCCAUUUCCAUCAGAACGGUACCAGACGUUGGUUCAUGUCAGUGCUGGUGCCAUAUUAGUUGACACCCAGUCUUCUUUGCCUGGUUCUCUUUUUGUCAAAGAGCCCAAGGACUUCCCAUUUCCCCAGAAGAAGUAUAUAUUUGACUCACUUGCUGCCGUAACCACUUACUGGAAUGAUUUCAAAUACAUCAGCCUGAACACGCCUCUAGGAAUGAGCACAAACAGCGAACGUCCAGCUCAUAGGUCAAGAUGGUAUAGGUUCAGAGACAGUCUGACUGAGCCAAUGCUUGAGAAUUCCAUCGUUCCUCCCCCGGGUGAUGGUCAAGGGGCAGCGGGGCAUGACAGCUAUCUGUACUCCCACCUUUCUCGAAACUGGACAUUAAUUUCCUAUACUCAAAAAUGCAAAAAAGAAGUCAAAACGGGUACAGAAGUUGUGAAACCUGCGGUGAUUGUUCCCAAAUUUGUCAAACCGACACAACCGACUCCAACAGCCAAGAAGACCCCGAAAACCCCCAAACUCGGCACCAAGCGAAAGCGGGAAUCACAAGGUCCCACCCCCAUUCGAGUCAAGACAAAGAAGGUCCAAGCGGUUGGAUUUGAGCGAAAAGUUAAAAAGAGGGAGUUCAUUUUUAAGCGGAAGCGAACUUCCUUUACUGUUGAGCAAGACAAAAUGCUUCUCAUCUGCAAGAUAGUGAUGGGCCUCAUGCCGAAAGUGACACUUCGCAAGUUCCCUGUAUACGAGCUCAAGACCGUCGUCGAGCAGUACUGUAAGUGCCCAAUUGAGAAGUCUGCAACCCAAUACCACAAGCGUCUCCAAGUUCUGAUGAAAAACUGCAAAACAGUCGUGAAUGUCAGGACGUAUGUGGCCGAGUUCUUGGCGGACGAGGAGUUUCAGGGUCUAGAUGACUUCAAUUUACCAUUUGAGGAGACAUUCCUCGCAACAGUGAAGAAGAUCUAUGACCGAUCACGAGCCGAGGAGUCGAAUAAUCUAGAUACAUCAAAGCUUGUGAACUCCCUAAGUGACCUUCACGACAAUUACACACUCAGCAAGCUUGAGUUGCGAAAGGAGAAAGAUGUUUCUCUCCACCGUUCCCCACUCACGUCAGUAGAGGACAUUCGCAUAAAUGUGGCUAGUGAUCUUAUCCAGGCUAUCUGUAACUCCAAGAAGAGACAAGUGGCUGCCAUGCAUGCUUUUAAUUGUUUCUCCGAAGACGUUCUCUACACUGCUGUGAGCAAGUUGUACGAGCAUGGAAUGAUCGAUAGACAGAGAAAGGGUACAGGGCGAAAGCACGCGCAAGAAAAAAGGGCAACUCGAGUCGCAGCCAUGCGUCUCUCCCUCACCAACAGCUACUACCGCCUUUUUGACAACUACUCUACAAAGCUAUCGACUUUCAAAGAGUGCAUGAUGUAUCAGGAGAACAUUCUGCCACUGGAAACGUACAAUCCGGACGGGAAUGGACCGGUGCCAGAGGUGGAGAUUGACCAGAAUGAUCUGGACGGAGGAACAACAGCGUGCGUUCUUUCCCUCCUCGUUACUAACAAGAUCAAGGCAAAGUUAACUCUGCCGGAAGAGAUCGUCGGUAUUUCGCUAGACGAACAAGAAUCGAUUGCAGAGAGCGGUCUUGUCGAGCCAGGUGCCCAAGGACCUCCUCGAACUUCCAUGCCCCCUAAAGCACUAACCACGGUGAGCACGAGCAUCGAGCAAUCAGAUCAAUUGGAUUCCAAGUCACAAAACGAGGCCUCGGAGAAAUCCGGUGAUGCCAGGCAAGUGAAGAGAUCUGUUGACAAGAAAGCGUCUGUAAGAGACGAAAAGAAUAGACAUGACGAGGACAAGAAACAAACCGAAAAAGAAGAGGGAGCAGACACUAACAAAGCCCCCAAAGAUAGAAUAGUCGGAGAAUCUAACAUAGGGAAGCGCAAGGCCAGUAGUGUUAAGCCCCCAACUAAAAAGCAAAAGGUUGCAAAGGAUUCCGGUGAGGAAUCAGUUACCCCACCUCCAGAACCCACAAGCAGGAUGAAUGUCUAUAGAGUACACGGUGAGCAGGUCUCAACCCUUUUCGCAAGCCCUUACGAUUUGCCCAGCAAUAACCCGAUAAUCACAAAAGAGAGCACUGUGCACUGUCAUGAGAGGGAUGAAACAGCCGCCUCAACAGCCACCUUACCUGCUCAAAGACCGUCAAGAAUUAGUCUUAUGAUCUCCCGCCACGCUUUGAGGGACAAAGUAAAAAAAACGAAGGAUUACAAUCAGCAGGAGAUGACUACCCUCAACUGUUGCCCAAUCACACUUACUCCCGGGACAGUGGGUUCCAAGACCGAUGUUGCCGAUGUGGAACUGCCUUGGCUCUUGCACGAGGCAUUAGGUGGCUCUACUGAAGAAGCUGAGCACCUGAAAGAACGUAUUUUGAAGACUGAAUUAGCUUCCAAAGCAGGCUUCUCGAUGAAGCAUGGUUCCAAGGUGCCGAGUGUGGUGAACACCCUGGAAAAGUUCCUAGACUCGUGUAUCAAGGAGAAGAACUACACUGAUGGCGAUGUGUCGUUAACAAGGACAAUCCAUGAAGCUGCAUUUAACGGCCAGGAGUUUGGCAUUUCAAUUACUCGUCUGAAGGAUGUAAUUGAACAGAAGUUAGAGGAGUUUCGCGACGCACGGUAUUCCUUGCAAGAACAUCUAAACAACCUUUACCAAAGUCAGCUGCUCUGGAGUGUGGGGACAUUCGAGGAGCUUGUAGUCUGCCAUGCAUUUGUGUCUCCCUGGUGUGUUGACCUUCCCAAGACGGACCUAGAAGAAAUAACAGUCAUACCAGCAGCAGACGCAAAUCAGGAGUCUGAAAAUGCGGAAAAGCUUGCUUCGGACCCCCAGAAAGAAAGCUCCAGCAAACCCGAGAGUUUCAAAGUGAUAAGUCGACCCUGGCUGAAUCUAGAGGGAAAUGUGAAUAAAGAAUUUAUGAGAUCGGUUGUUAAGUGUAUCGUCUGUACCGUUAUGGAACGCCCUGGUAUCACGCAGGACCAGUUGGUCGAGAGGUUUAUCGCUGUGGUGAAGCCUACUGUAUUAGAGGAACUGUUCACGAUGUUGGAGUCACGAGGCUGUAUAUCGAGGCACGAAAUUGUUGAAACCAGCUCGUUAACGUUAUUUUCAUGUCAAGUUCCCAAAGUGGUGUCCUACUGGCUACCUGAAGUUGAUGCUUUCAUCAAGAUCAACUCGAUUCUCCGAGAAAUAGAAAAUGAAUGAAAAGUGUAAACAAUAACAAAAGAAUAAAGAACUGCCUUAUUUAUGUACUUUUCAUUUUGAAAUUAAAAAUUAAUGAAUCCUA